AACUGCUGGUGUAGCAGGACUGCAAGCAAGACAUCUCUCGUUCUUUUUUUACCCGACGCUUCAUUCAACUUUUUUCCUCUUUUUUUUUUUAACCAAUUCUUCUUUUGUCGCGACCAAUUCGUUGCUUUCUCUCUCUCAGAAUGCGGCGUCAUUCGCUCGGCUUGCUAUUGUUAGCCUUUUUGUACGCUGUGCACGCGCAAAACUAUUCCCUAGGCUAUACACCGCUAACGACAAGCUUAUCGCCCCUUGGCGGUGGCGACAACGACUGUCCGGAAUGUCCACAGUGUUUCAACUGUUUGCUUCCUGGUUUCGAGUGUCUGCAUUUUGCCAAUUGUAGCGAGUAUAAUGGCAAAUGCAACUGUCCACCUGGUUUCGGCGGCGACGACUGUAAACAGCCAUUAUGUGGUGCAUUGGCCGAUGGACGUAAUAGAAAUCCUAGAGAGAAUGAUCACUGUGAUUGUCCAGAAGGAUGGGAGGGUAUCAAUUGUAACGUAUGCACCAUGGAUUCUGUAUGCGAUCCUCUGGUUCCCACAGGUCAGAAUGGUACUUGUUACAGAGGCGGUCUGACAGUUUUCGAAAAUCAUCAAAUGUGCAACGUUACAAAUCGUAAGAUCCUCGAACAGUUGAAAGAUCAAGUACCACAGGUCACUUUCUCUUGUAAUCAGCAUGAGGACUCGUGUGACUUUCAAUUCUGGGUCGACGAAAUCGAGUCAUUUUAUUGCCAUUUGGAUGACUGUCAGUUUGAUCAAGAGAAUACCUAUGAGAGAAACAUGACCAACUACAGGUGUAACAAUAUCGAUUGUCGAUGCAUCAAGGAUGAAAUGUUGUGCGGCAAGGGUGGCAGUAUUGACCUUACCGAUUUGCUCAAGGAUGAAAUUCAAGGUCCAGCUACAUUUAAAUGCGUUGGUCCCGAUUGCUCAUUUUCUGAACCGGCCAUGGAUGAUCUCAUUUCUGCUAUUUUCGGCGAUGAUUCGAUUUUCCUUUCGUGUAGUUCGGGAGAGUGCUUGCAUUAUACCAUGGUUCCGGGCUUCAAGCGACCCGAGCGGCCCAUAAAUUGGGUAAUGAUCAUCAGUGGUAUGGCCGGUGUUGCUGUUUUCCUGAUUAUUGUUGCUGCACUCGUGACCUACCUCGCCAAGAAACCCAGCGGUGCAGGCCAGUAUAUCCAACUCGCCGAUGAUGAAGCUGGCAAGUUGAUGGCGGAGCAUACGCCAACGAGUCUUAUUUUUGACAGCAUCUCAUACAAGGUGGGCAAACUGCCUAUUCUAAAGAGCAUCACGGGCAUGGUCCGACCUGGCGAAGUGCUUGCUAUUAUGGGACCUUCAGGAUCGGGCAAAACGACCCUACUGGAUAUUCUUGCCAACCGCACCAAAACAGGACAAGUGUCUGGCGAUGUCUAUGUCAAUGGCCAUUCGCUUGCUGCUGCAGAAUACAAAAAAUUGAUUGGUUACGUCGACCAAGAAGAUACAAUGAUCCCGACGCUGACUGUCUACGAAACGAUCUUGUACUCGGCUCUACUCCGCUUACCUCGAUCGAUGAGCACUGCCGCCAAGAAAUUCCGGGUGAUGGAGGUUAUGCAAGAGCUGGGAAUCGAUAGCAUCAAGGAGUCAAAGAUUGGACAAGCAGAUGAUCGAUCCAUCAGUGGCGGUGAGCGUCGUCGUGUUGCUAUUGCGUGUGAGCUCGUCACUUCACCGUCGAUUUUGUUCUUGGAUGAACCAACGAGUGGUUUGGAUGCAUACAAUGCUUACAACGUGGUCGAGUCUCUGGUGACGCUCGCAAGGGAUUACAACCGCACAAUCGUGUUCACUAUUCACCAACCGCGAUCCAACAUUGUUACCUUGUUUGAUCAACUUAUCGUGCUUGCCAAGGGCAACACCGUAUACUCAGGACCUCAACUUCGUGUGCAGUCAUAUUUUAAGAGCGUCGGCUACCCUUGUCCUCCUGGCUUCAACAUUGCUGAUUAUCUGAUUGAUUUAACAAUGCAAACGGUAGAACCACAACAACAGCUGGCCGAAAGAGACGAACUGGAUGAUAUCAAUCAGCCACCAUCACCGUUAUUACGACAGAAUCAACCAUCCCACUCACUACUGGGCUCUAACAGCGGAUACAAUGAUGAUCUUGAAAACACGAGCGAACAAUGGGCUUCUGAAUUAGGUGCCCGACAAGAACGACUGCGAAGAGAGCGUAUAAGGAAGAAGCGAGAGCAACUGACUGCUCCAGAUGUCGUUGUCGAUGGCAAUGGGGACAGCUCGUCCACCAACUCAGAUACUGUCAAUCCUCAUUUGAAACGAUUGAUUGAAGCUUACGAUAAGAGUGUUGUGGCGGUCGCCGUGCGUGAUGAUGUAGAGCGCAUACUUGCGGCAGCUCAAGGCACCCCAGAAGCCAUAGACGAAGGUUCAGCACCACCUAUUAAACCUGUCAAUACGUAUGAGCGGCCUGGAUGGAUCGCCCAAUUCCGGAUCUUGGCAGACAGAACGUUCAAGAACUUGUAUCGCAACCCGAUGCUCAUGUUCGCUCAUUAUACCAUUGCUGUUGUUCUAGCAUUAAUCUGCGGAGGACUCUUUUACCAAGUCUCAAACACUAUUGCCGGUUUCCAGAAUCGUAUGGGUCUAUUUUUCUUUUAUGAAGCCCUGUUAGGCUUCAUGUGCCUUACGUCACUCCAAGUAUUCUCAAAUGAGCGUAUAUUGUUUGUACGGGAGCGUGCAAAUGGAUAUUAUUCUCCAGGAGUUUACUUUUUGUCAAAGGUGCUGUUUGACAUUAUCCCAUUACGUGUGGUUCCACCAUUGAUGAUGGGCUUAAUAUCGUACUAUAUGGUUGGACUUGUUGAAGGCGUACCUGAAUUCUUCAAGUUCUUGCUUGUCAUUGUACUUUUCAACCUCACUGCAGCUGCACUUUGUUUAGCUAUCGGUGUGGUAUUCAAGAACUUAUCUAUGGCAAAUUUGAUCUCGUGUAUGAUGAUGUUGUUCUCUAUGCUUUUUGCUGGUCUUUUGUUAAACAAAGACUCUAUAUCCCCUUACUUUGGCUGGCUCAAGCACCUGUCAUUCUUCAAUUACGCGCUCGAAGCAUUACUUGUCAACGAAAUGCUAUACUUGCAGCUGGUGGAGGAACGAUUUGGAUUAAAUAUAGAUGUACCUGGUGCGACGAUUCUGUCAACAUUCGGAUUUAAUGCAAAGAACUACUGGCCAGAUGUCAUCAAGAUGGGCAUCAUGUUCUUAAGCUUUAUUCUGUUCGCUCUCCUCUGGCUCAUUUUCUUUGUCAAAGAAAAGAGAUAGCCAAAAAGAGAGAGUUUCCCCAUCCUUUUUCUUUCCCUGUCUACUAAAUAUUUGGGUAUGGACAAAUAUUCUGGAUAUUUGUUUGUGCGUGGUUUAUGUGAUUGUGUGUAUAUCUGGGCAUAUAAUAGAUCAUCAACAGUAUGGUUUUUUUAAUACAUUUUAUGCUUCAGUAAUGACUCAAUUGCUCGGUAUAGAAAUAGAG